AUGAGCAUCAGCCUGGGACGCAAUGCGCCGCUGUCCCCAAUCUCUCUAGGCGGUAGCGAGUUUUCCGUUUCAAAGUACCAAGGCCCCGACGACGGCUAUAUUACCGGUCGCCCCAAUCUCGCAUCGCCCCCGAACUCGGGCGGCUCCAAUAGCAACAUGAGCAUCAACGGUUUCCCAGCUGUUCCUAUGAACGGUCCAGGUCCCGGUCCUGGCCCAGGGCCUGGUCCAAGGAGCACCGGAAGACCUUCGCCGCCUGCUUCCAUUGCUCGCUCAAGUAACGGUACGCAGCUCUACGCCGGUAGCGAAAGCGGUCGUAACAGUGUCCGCGGUGACCUUGACGAGGCCGUCCUCAGCGAGCACUACGUCGCUCUGCGCACUUUUCUCAACACCCGCGAUCCCAAUCACAAACAACAACCCAACAAGGCUCGCGACAAGCUCCUGCGCCUCAGCUCGGUCCAGUUUUAUGAACUAAGUACCGAUGUUUUCGACGAGUUGAUACGACGACAGACCGCCGCCAGAACACCCCCUAAUGCUCCAAAUGCCAUUCCUCAAUUUCUGCUGCCGGAGAAGAACUUCCACCCCAAGCGAAACCAGGCUCGUCAAAGACUAUCAUCCCUGGGCCCACCGCGAUUUCGAGACCUAGCCGCCGACGUCUACCACGAACUCGAACGUAGAUUCCCUCGCUUCGUGGGAGGUGACUUUGCUCGUCCAGGAAGCUCCAUGUCGAUGAGAGGUCCAGGCACUCCAAUCAAUGGUCCACCUAAUGGUAAUGGCUUUGCCCCUAGAAAUCAAAGCCGCAUGAGGAGACCCUCUGAUGCGCCAUCUAUGAGAGGCCCUGGACCAACAGAUGCUUACGGAGUACCAGCCUCACCAGGUAUUCAAAAUGGCGACUACGGACGCCCGACUCCGAAGCAGCUCAACCAGAACAACACGCUCGUUCCGAACAAGAGUACGAUGGUUGAAGAAGAUGACGAGGGCGAGGAAUUCGCAGAGCAAAAUCCGAAUCGCGAGAGCAAACGAAGUGCCGGUAGCGGUGCGACUUCAGAGGCUGACAAGAAACUUAUCGAGGAUUACCAGAACCAGGUACGAGAACUACGCGAAAGGUUGGACAGUACGGAAGACAUCAUGAAAAAGAGGGAAGACGAAAUGAACAGUGCGCUGGAUCAAGAGCGUUCACGAGGUACUGCUGUCAAUGAGGAGAAGCAGGAGUGGAAUGACAUCAGAGUCAACCUCGAGAACAAGCUUGCCGAGGCGCAAAGUUUGAAUGACUCGAUGAAGCAAGAAUUGCAACGCGUACGAGAAGGUCACGAGAUAGAGAUACAGAGGCUUAGGGACGAUGUGGCCGCAGCACAAGAUUCGCCACGAAAUGAGCCUGGUGCAUCCGAUUCAGAGCUCCAACGGGAGAACGAUGAGCUACGACAGGAGCUCCGAGACCAGCGAAUGGUGACAGAAGAGGUUCGAAAGGAAGCACAGGAGUUUCUGCUUGAGAUGCGUGAGCUUUCUCAGCAAAGUGGUACGACACAUGAACGACAUGCGGAACUCGAAAAGUCAAUCCACAGCCUUGAGCGUGAGGUUCAAGAAUGGAAGAACCGAUAUGCCAGCGCAAAGACUCAACUACGACACAUGCGCGCAACCUCCGCUGGACCUGGAAUCGAACAAAAUGCUGCGAAGCACCUCCGGGAGAAGGGAUUCAUGGAUGAUCGUGGCCUGGUUAAAGAUGUUCACGUCACCAAGUUCCAACUCGCCAUUGACGAGCUUCUCGAAAAGGCACGAAGUGAUGAUCCUGAGAAGGUGGUUGACGCUAUGAAACUCGUUGUUGUUAGCGUCCGUCGCAUUACUAAGGACAUUCAAGUGCCUCAAGAGGAUGAGGACUUUGUUCAGCAGCAGACCAAGAUCAGGGCCAAGGUGUCAUCUACCGCGAACAACCUCAUCACAGCGUCCAAGAACUUUGCCCACAGCGCUGGAAUGUCGCCUGUUUCGCUGCUCGACACAGCAGCAACACAUUUGGCUGCUGCCAUCAUGGAACUUCUCCGCUUGGUCAAGAUUCGAGCGACUCCUGCCGAGGAGUUGGAUGACGAUGAUGGAACCGAGACGCCCGCGGAUUCUAGCGGUCUCUUUUCUCCCGUCGCUACCGAGCAUCCUUCCAACAUUCAAGAUGCUCUUCCUCCUCCCCCAGCCUUCCAAGGCUUGGGCAAGAUGCGAGAAAGCAUUGAGUCAUCGGCAUACAGUCCACGGGGCUCACCUCGCCAAUCCGCAGACCCAUACUCACAUGAAAGAUCCAUGUCUAAAUCGAGCGCGGUACCGAUCGGGCUUGGGCAUCCAGGCGCGAACAACCAAGUCAAUGGACAAGGUGCACAACAGCUGGAUCCCCGAGCCGCCGAAGAUCUCAAGGGAUACCUCGAGGACCAGAAUGCAUACCUAUCGUCUGAUAUCCAGAAGCUUGUGAACACCAUCCGAGGAGAUGCCGGCAUGCAGCAGAUCACUAUUGAGAUCGGCUCUAUCAACGCUGUCGUCAGCAACAUCAUCUCGGAAACACAGGCCUACGGCUUGGGCGAGAUAACAUCCCAGUUGGCGAACUGCAGAGCACGGCUACUGGAGGCUGCUGAUCAAGGCCAGGACAUGGCCAACAUCGGCAUGGAUACAAACUCACACGAAUGGCGCAUGUGGGUUCAAACAUUACCACCCAUCGCAUUCGGCCUGGCACGCGAGUCUAAGGAGCUCGUUCAAGAUGUAGACAACAUGGCCAGACCUGGACGACCUGACGACUUUUCGUAA